GCAGUUGUCUCGUGUCAUCGGCUCUUCCCUCCCUCGCAGAUUGUGCCUCCACUAUUCCUGCUCCGCAGGUGAUGGUGGGGAAGCGAGACGUGUGCCUGCUGCCAUUUAGAAAUCAUAGACCCCUGUAAGUGUGGGUUAAUUUAUUGGAUGUAGCAGUAGGAUACAGAGAAAGGAUUGAAACAUUCAUGUGAUGUGACAAGAACAUGGUGUUGGUCAUCUAGAUACACGAUCUGUGAUCAGCUGCUGAGUCGUGUGGCAUACACUAUAGCUUCUGACUUUCACUGCAUGUUUAUGGGAGGCUCGAGGAGGAAAUAUCCAGCAUUCUCUAAAUGUUGUGUCUUUGGAUGUGCCAGAUUUGAUGACAGAUUGAGACAGCGCGAAACCAAACAACAUUGAAUCAUUCCACACCUCAACGUGAGAAUGAGAGAACGGGGGUGAAAGUAAAACAAGAAACUCUGCAAACAAAGCCUGUUUUCUCUCCAUCCCUCGCUGGUCUGAGAAUCUCCGCGAGACGUUCAGCAAAGCGUUCCAUUCUCCUCUCUCGUUCAGAUGCAAGCGAUGAAACGCUCUGUCAACGCUGGCUGCUGAGUUGUGUGCACUGGACUGACCACCGCGCCAAAAUUCAGCAUGGAAUUACCACAAUCUCCAGUCCGGCCAUUUCUUUAGAGAUCAGAGUUUGCUGAUAAUACGAUUGACCAACGGCAAACAUGGAGGCGAUGGAAAUGAUGGAGAUGAUGAUGAUGGUAGGAUCGGGAAGAAAGAGGUGGAAAAGAUGGAAGAGAUCUUGGUUUGUUCUUCGAGUCGUAGCCAUCUGUUUGAUGUUGCUUGUGGGUGAUGUCGUAGCGACCAUUGUCAACACACCUGAGCCUAUAGAAGAUUUCUCAGCGAAACUCAUCAACGGCCAUGUUGCUAAUGCUGGUCUCCUGGUCAUCUUCUAUCAAGGUUCCUGGGGUACAGUCUGCAACAACACCUGGACGAUCACCGAAGCUCACAUCGUCUGCAGGCAAAUGGGCUACCCAGGUGCAGCACUGGCUUCACAUUCAGAACUUGUGACUCCGCUGGACAAGGAUACCUAUCCAAUCCUUUAUGAGAACUUUAAUUGUAGAGACAAUAGCACCCACCUCUCCAACUGCCAAUUUGAAGAGUACUCCAUUGAACGUGGUUGUCAGAGCGUGCAGUUACUGUGUCAGCUUCCGCAGCCGACAGACCCUCCUCUUUACUCAUUACGGCUGCUCGGGGGUGAGAGACCAAGCGAGGGCAGACUUGAGGUCUUCGUCCAUGGCAUCUGGGGCACGGUUUGUGAGGAUCGCUUCUCCAAGACGGCCGCCUACGUGGCCUGCCGCCAGCUGGGCUACCCCUUCGCGCUGACCUUCGUGCCCUCAUCGUCGUUUGGCUCGGGAUCAGGUCCAAUAGUUCUUGAUGAUGUUCGUUGCACUGGGGAUGAGAGGAGGUUGUGGGAUUGCUACCACCGCAGUGCCUGGACCCAUAACUGCAAUAAGAAGACAGAGGUCAUUGGUGUCCGCUGCAGCCAAGAGCCCUCCAUGCGAGCGGGUCAAGGCGUGAGAUUGGUACCGACCAAAGUAGGUCUAGUGGAAAUAUUCUACGAGGGCAUCUGGUGGAACAUUUGUGCUGAUCUGCAGUGGGACAAACGAGAUGCCCUGGUGGCCUGUAGGCAACGUGGCUUCCAGUCUGGGUUGCCACGACGACAGCCGUUCUGCCCGUGGAGCAAGAUGAACUGUCAUUCCAAAUUUGGUGAAUUCAAGUGCAAAGGAACUGAGACCUCACUGGAAGAGUGUGAUUUCUCAACGGAAGAUUUCAAUAGUCCAUGGACGUGCCAGUAUGGAUUUGCGGCUGCAGAAUGCUCUAACGAUGAACCGGACGAGGAUUGGUUUGCUGAUCGUAGCAAUUUAACAGACAUACAUUUGGCAAACUCAACACUCAUACCAAUUAUUAAGAAGAAAAAAUUUGCAGAGGCUGAUGUAAGGUUAGCAGGGUCGGAGGACGAUCAUCAAGGUCGGGUUGAGAUCUACCAUGAUAACGACUGGUAUACUAUCUGUGACGAUCUGUGGGAUAUUAAAGAUGCUAGGGUGGUAUGUCGUCAGCUAGGAUUUCCCGAUGCCCUGCGAGCCCUGACCCAAGCAACCACCUUCGGCCCUGGUCUGGUCAACAUCCUCCUUGACAACGUGGACUGCAAGGGAGAUGAGGCCAACCUCCUGGAGUGUGAUCACAAUGAACUCCACAUCCAUGACUGCAUCCAUAACGAGGAUGCAGCAGUCAUCUGCAAGUCUGAGGGUACCGGUCUCAUCACAGCCGCAUCUGGAUCCGCAAGUCAUCUGCCACCUGGUGCAAUCAUCGCAAUAUCCAUGAUCUCAGCAUUUUCUUUCAUCAUCAUUGGUGGCGCCCUACUCCACUAUGCCUGUAAAUCCUGCGACCGCCGCAUCGAGGAAACCUCUUCCCCUCGAGCGCGUCCCACCCCGAUGGUCGUCAUGAUGGUGCACUCAGCCUCGCGCUCUGGCCGAUCCAGCAACGGCUUCCCGCACAACACCCGGCGUUACGACGCCCUCCCUUUUACCAUCUGCUCCAGGACUUCUAUAGGGAGCAGCACCACAAGUCCGGUCUCGAGCCCUGUCUCGCAGAAUGGAACUAUUUGUGAAGAGCUUGAGGCUCUGAGCGGGGGACCGCCCUCUUACGAAAUUGUCUUGCGACACCCAGAUGCCUUUGCCCAGAUGCUCCAAAGCGCGGAAAAUAUAGUGCCCCCGCCCCCCUCAUAUAACAGGUGCAUCUCGCAACAAUGACGUAAGGUACUCAUCUGGUCAAUCAUUAUCAUCGUUCUCGCUUUAGUCACCUUGCCUUGGAUACCACUUGUAGGCGGAUGAUGACAAGCUUUUUUCAUUCCUUUUUCUUAUGUAUCUUUAUAGAUUGACAUAUUUUGAUCCAGUUGUUAUAUUUGUGCUGCAAGGAGAUGGAGAACUGUAUCUUCUUUUUUUUUAAAGC